UCCAAAAAGGGCCACUCAAAAGCAUCACCAGCACAAGAUGCUUACCAGUUUCUUGUACCCACCAAACAUGGAGACCAAACUAUAACACACUUUCAAAUAUUCGAACAACAACCCAACACUUAAUAAUGUCAUCUUCCUUAAUUCUGUCGAGUCCCUUCUCUUCUACACAUCGACCUUCAAUCACUAACCGGACACAAUUUCACUUAGCAGCUUCAAUACCCACCUGCUCAAACCAAAUAAAGUCCUCAAAUUUCUUGAAUUUUACUCGACCCAAUUCAAAUUCUGUGCUGUUCCCCACCAGGAAAUUCUUGGUUCGAACGUCCAUAAGGGAUGCAGAUACGAGCAGCGAGGAAGAAACGGUGGUGGGAGAGGAUUCGGCAGUGUUUGAAUUGGGGAAACAGAAACUAUCGUCGUGGGUUUAUUUUAGUUUGAUUCUGGGAGUUGUUUUGUAUGUUCUUGAUGUGGCUUGGAUUGAUAACUCAACUGGGUUUGGCAAGCUUUUUAUUGAAUCUAUUUCUACUGUCACAGAUAGCCCUGAAGCUGUAAUGUUGAUCCUAAUUGCCAUUUUUGCCAUCGUCCACAGUGGCUUGGCUAGUCUACGAGAUAAGGGUGAGGCUCUUAUUGGAGAACGAGCAUUCCGUGUUUUAUUUGCAGGGGUUUCUCUUCCAUUGGCUAUGAGCACUGUUGUAUAUUUUAUCAAUCACAGAUACGACGGAGUGCAGUUAUGGCAGCUUCAAAGUGCGCCAGCGGUACAUCAGCUUGUGUGGCUCUCUAAUUUUAUCUCCUUCUUUUUUCUCUAUCCUUCGACCUUUAAUCUUCUUGAAGUAGCUGCUGUUGAUAAACCUAAAAUGCAUCUUUGGGAAACUGGGAUAAUGAGAAUCACCAGGCACCCUCAGAUGGUCGGGCAGGUGCUCUGGUGCGUGGCUCAUACAAUUUGGAUUGGAAAUUCCGUAGCAGUUGCUGCAUCUUUCGGUUUAAUCGGACACCAUUUAUUUGGCGUGUGGAAUGGAGACCAGAGACUAGCGAAGCGAUAUGGCGAGGCUUUUGAAACAGUAAAGAAGCGGACAAGUGUCGUCCCCUUUGCUGCUAUCCUCGACGGUCGUCAAAAGUUACCGGAAAAUUACAUUAAAGAAUAUUUCCGAUUACCAUAUUUUUCAAUUACUGCAUUGACUUUAGGAGCCUAUUUUGCACACCCAAUUAUGCAGGCAGCCAGUUCUCGGCUACAUUGGUAAGCUUAUUCAUCUGAAUUGAAUCAAAAAUUGUGAUGAUAUGGCUCACUAUAUAACAGAAUCAUGUAUCCAUUUAUAAAUGUCAGUUUACAGAUA